CCAGCCGUGGGCGGGUGGAUCAAAGCUGAUUAUGAAGUGUUUGUUGAAAGGGAUCAGUUCUUGUCUGUAUCAGAAGAUGUGGGGAGAUCAGGGAAUAGACAGUGUCAGCUCGAACAGUGAGAGAGUAGGUCUGAGCCCCUCGCAACCCGUGUGGCUCUGUACCGAUCGGAAGGUGGGGAUGGCAGCAGUAGUGACCGCCUCGCCUUUCCUGAAACCCUUCGCUUUGAGAUACUCCCCGGCGGGAGUGAGCCCAGCUCACCGCAGGCGCCACACUCUCCCCGCCAGCGAGUUCCGCAACCUGAGCCUGACAGACGCACUCAGCGUGUUCGAGAUCGAGAGGGAAGCGUUUAUUUCAGUCUCUGGAGAAUGUCCUUUGCGCAUGGAUGAAGUCAGACACUUUCUUGAGCUCUGCCCGGAGUUAUCCCUUGGCUGGUUUGAAGAAGGGAGGCUGGUAGCCUUUGUAAUUGGCUCUGGAUGGGACAAGGACAAGUUGUCACAGGAUGCUAUGACCAUUCAUGUCCCUGGGGGCUCCACUGUGCACAUUCACGUUCUGGCUGUCCACCACAAGUGCCGUCAGCAGGGGAAAGGUUCCAUUAUCUUAUGGCGAUACUUACAAUACCUGCGAUGUCUGCCCACAGUCAAGCGAGCUGUUCUAAUGUGUGAAGAUUUCUUGAUCACAUUCUACCAGAAAGCUGGCUUUAGAGAGAUCGGACCUUCUGGCAUUGUAGUGGGUCCCCUCACAUUUACUGAAAUGGAAUACCCUCUAGGUGGAGGAGCUUACCUGCGGAGAAAUAGCGGCUGCUAAACUACGAUCUCAAACCUAGUGGCGUGAAUUUCAGACCUGCUGUUUCAAUAGCCUCUAUGCUACCUUUAAUGUACUGAUGUUCCUAUUAACUGGCGAUGUUUCAUCAGUAUUCCGUUUGUUUUAAGUAGAUUGACAAUAAUGUUUAAGUGUUGACAUGAAUUUAGCGAUGACAGUGGACUAAAAUUAGCAUUCUGAGAAAUCGAAGGCAGACUUCUCAACUUUAACAAGUACAUAAAAACAUGGAAAAGCAGAUUGAUUGCCUGUUCCACAGCUCAUCCAGCUACGCGCACACACAGACACACACAAAUCCCGUGGCUUGAUUAAGAUGUACCUGUCUGCAGGCUGUUAUCAACUUUAAUGGAAAAGUCUGUUUUAAAAUUUUAACAUCGCAUCCUCAAGAAAUAUUGUUUUGCUUACAGUAUAUUGAACUGAUCAACAUCUGGAUCAGUUAUACAACUUAUGUCUAAUAUAUUUCAAAAAAUGAUUUCAGCAAUUGUGGGUUAACAUAAUACUUCCUAUUAGAUCAGGUGCCAGUAUUUACUAAAAUUCAAUAAUUCCUCCUUAGUCACCCAUUUUUUAAACAUCUCGAUUCCUAGUAAUAAAGUUUUAAAAACCUAAUGAUAGAUAUAUUGCCAAAAGCAAUUUUCAUUUACUCAUCUGACAAAUCAGCUGAUUACCUAACUGAAUACUCCAAGUCUAAUAAAUCUCAGAAUCAUACAGCACGGAAACAGAGCCUGUCGUCCGCACCAAGUUCCCAAACUAAACUAGCGCAACCUGCCUGCA